GCAACCACGCUUAGCCAGAAGUCCUCUAGCGAGAGUUUGCAGAGCGAUUAUUCUGCCCUCUCAUCCCCAGACAAGCUCGCCCCCACUAUGACAGGCUCCAUGGUCUGGGAAGGAAGCGAACUCGAUCCAGUCAAAUAUGUCGUCAAGCUCGACCAACGCGAGAUCCAAGACAUCAGGGCUGCGGUUAUCAAGGUCAAAAUCUCAGGGAUUCCUCGAUCCGAGAUUCGACAUGACACCUUCAAACUGGAGAAUCCGAAGCUCGAGAACAAAUUGUCCUUGAUCAGCAAGGAGCUCCACCAGGGUCAAGGCGUAGUUGUCUUGCGAGGUCUUGAAGCUGCCAAGUUUAACGAUGAGGAAGCUGUCAUUGCGUUCGCUGGCGUUUGUUCAUACAUUUGUCCAGAACGAGCAACGGAUUCUUACGCCAACCAGACGUUAAGCCACGUUCGCGACGCUACUAAAGAAAUUGUACCCGUGUGGGCCAAGGACAUCGGGCUGGCUGGCUCCAAGAUCACAACUGCGAUGGACUUCCACAGCGAUCGGUUCUCUGGCGAUAUCAUUGCCCUCCACGUUAGGAAUGAUGGUGGUGAUGGAAUUGGCGGCGGGCAGUACGCCGCUAGCUUUUGGAGGAUCUACAACGAGCUCCUAAUAAAUGAGCCUGAGGUUCUAGAGACUAUGGCGGAGGCGGACUGGCCCUUCGAGCUGAAACAGAAGGACAGGGAGCCAUACCUCGAGAUGGGGCCCACCCUGCUUUUUUCUAAAGGCAGGCCCAUAUGCCAAUUCGUCAAGGCCCCACUACUCGGGACUUCACUGAUUCCCCGCGACACUGGAAUGCCCAACGUCUCACCUAAACAUAUACGUGCUAUACAAGCAGUUGAGGAGCUGGCAAGGCGUUUCUGCACAAAGCUUGACCGCAAGCAGGGAGACAUUCAGUUCAUCAACAACCUGAGCAUCAUGCAUGCCCGCGAAGCCUACUGCGGCACAAAUGGAAAGCCCAGCACUCGCCACCUGCUGCGUAUGUUUCUUCGGGAUCCCGCCAACGCCUGGGAGAAGCCAGCUCGCUUCCGCAACAACUUUGACGACCCCUUCACACCUGGGAGACAGCAGAAUCUUCCCGUUGUUGACACUGAUCCAUGGCGCGUUAUUAGCGGGCGUGAGAGUCACGGUUAA